GAUGCUUUGAGCUGGGAGUCAGGCUAUAUGUUCAUCUGUUUCAAGGGAGGAACGGAGGAGGCUGUUUGACUUUAUGUACGGCGUUAUUUUGAUUGGGCAUGUACAACUAUGUUUUUGCUGGGUAUGUAUAUUGUUAGCGGACUUCCAAGUAUCGCUGGGUGUGUUGGUCUCAGGAAAACAGAGCUGGUAAAAGAUGUGGCCCCCUUCUACUCAACCGGCGCAGAUAGGCGAAUUAAACCAGGAAAGGCUGGGCAGCUCAGGUUUAGAUACUCUUUAAGGUUUGACAUCUCGUCUUUUUUCUCGUUGGGUUCAAAUAUAAUGGUAGCCUGAUUAUGCGUCAAUCCUGCCUGUUGGUCCCAGCCCAUCUGGGAUUCUGUGUGGCUUUCGAUGUUGUGGUUUACAUGGGAAUGUAGAAGCGUUCAUACUGGUGAU